AGGUGAUUCUGACAGAUAUUCGCAUUCAUUGAGCGGCAAUGCCGGUGAUCUGCAUUGGCCCAGUGUGCAUCCCCUGGUCAGUGCUGCCUGCCAUUGUCUUCUUCUUCUGGAAGUUUGUGAAGCCGUUGCUGCCCGAGGCCUGGGCGCAGGCCAUCGAGCGGCAGGCAGCGAAACUCAGCGAGAUCUUGCAGCCUUACCUGGAGAAGGUUCCAGGCUUCGGAAAGAAGAAGAAGAAGGCACCCGCUGGCCCUGCAGAUGCCUCAGUGCAGUUCGGCCAGGUGGGCGAGCUGAAUUCCGCCGAGCACCUGGACAAGCUUCUGGCGCGGUCCCAGCAGGAGUCCUUCUGCGUGGUGCUGGACUUCACGGCGCCCUGGUGCAAGCCGUGCCAGGCCAUCAAGCCCCGGUACCAGGCGCUGGCCGGUGAGUACCAGAGCCACUGCUUCAUGCAGGUGAAUGCUGACGAUCUGGACGAUGUCAGUGCGCGCUGCGCAGUCAUGGGCUUGCCGUGCUUCCAGAUCUACCAGGGCUCCAAGCUAGUAGCCUCCACCACAGGUGGUGACGAGUCGAACCUGGUGAAGUUCUUAGGCGAUAACUUGGGCAAGAAGGCACAGUGAUCGGCCUUGGAAGGAACUGCUUCCGAUGAUUCGAUGGCUGGCUUCGGCUUCAUAUUCUCAGAGACUUACUGUGCAU